AUCCUCUGGCUGCAGCGAAGGGAAGCUGGCCUCACUGUGAUUCUCCGCUCUCCGCUCUGCAACAGGUAACACCCCAACUCAGAGCCACAGCUGCAAAUCUGCAAUCACCGCUUUCCACUUUUUGAUCUGCGUGUCAGGAAGUCAAAUUUCUCUGUCAGGCAUCGUUUGGGAUAGUCUUCAUGGCACAUUCUCAUUCUACCUGACCUUAGGAUUUGCCAACGGACCUGAGUGUGAUAUUUUGUGAGAGACUCAGACAGCACCAAACAAGUCGGAAUCACUUCAAGAAAAGGGACGGGGGGGAAAAAGGAGAAAAAGGGAACCAUGAUGGAAUUGAGGAUCCAGCUGAUCCCGACAGGGGAAAUCAUCCUUCCUCCGGGGAAGAACGGAGAAAACUACUGCCAUGGCUGCAAGGUGGUGGCCAGUGACGGGGUGCGGGCUAUGAUGGAGUCGGCCCUGACAGCCAGAGACCGGGUGGGCGUGCAGGACUUUGUCCUGCUGGAGAACUACACCAGCGAGGCCGCCUUCAUAGAGAACCUGCGCAAACGCUUCAAAGAGAACCUCAUCUAUACAUACAUUGGUUCAGUUCUGGUGUCAGUUAACCCGUACAGAGACCUGGAGAUCUACACCAAGAACCACAUGGAGCGAUACCGUGGAGUCAACUUCUACGAGGUCUCACCACACAUCUAUGCAGUGGCAGACAACUCAUAUCGUUCCAUGAGGACAGAGAGAAAGGACCAGUGCAUCCUCAUCUCCGGAGAGAGCGGCGCCGGGAAGACGGAGGCGUCCAAGAAGAUCCUGCAGUACUACGCCAUCACCUGUCCAGCCAGCGAGCAGGUGCAGACCAUCAAAGACCGCCUGCUGCAGUCCAACCCCGUGCUGGAGGCUUUUGGCAAUGCCAAGACGUUGCGUAACGACAACUCGAGCCGCUUUGGCAAGUACAUGGACAUCCAGUUUGACUUCAAGGGUGCCCCAGUUGGAGGCCACAUCAUCAACUACCUGCUGGAGAAGUCCCGCGUGGUCCACCAGAACCACGGGGAGAGGAACUUCCACAUUUUCUAUCAGCUGAUCGAGGGAGGGGAGGAGGACCUGCUGAGACGCCUGGGCCUGGAGAGGAACCCUCAGCAGUACCAGUACCUGGUCAAAGGUAACUGUCCCAAAGUGAGCUCCAUCAACGAUCGCAGUGAUUGGAAGAUGGUGAGGAAAGCCUUGACUGUGAUUGGCUUCAACGAGGACGACGUGGAGGAGUUGUUAAACAUAAUUGCCAGUGUGCUCCACCUGGGGAAUGUGCAGUACGGCGCGGAAGAAGGCAAUGCCUGCAUCACUUCUGACACACAGAUAAAGUACCUGGCCAGGUUGUUAGGAGUGAAUGGGGCAGUGCUGACAGAGGCGCUCACACACAAGAAGAUAAUUGCCAAGGGAGAGGAGCUGAUGAGCCCUCUGAAUCUAGAGCAAGCGUCAUCGGCUCGGGAUGCUUUGUCCAAGGCGGUGUACGGACGCACCUUCACCUGGCUGGUUAACAAGAUCAAUGCUUCGCUGACAUACACGGAUGACUCCUACAAGAAUUGCUCAGUCAUUGGCCUGCUGGACAUCUACGGCUUUGAGGUCUUCCAGCACAACAGCUUUGAGCAGUUCUGUAUCAACUACUGUAAUGAGAAGCUGCAGCAGCUCUUCAUUGAGCUCACCCUCAAGUCGGAGCAGGAGGAGUACGAGGCCGAAGGCAUCACGUGGGAGCCGGUGCAGUACUUCAACAACAAGAUCAUCUGUGACCUGGUGGAGGAGAAGUUCAAAGGCAUCAUCUCCAUCCUGGAUGAGGAGUGUCUGAGACCCGGAGACGCCAGUGAUCUCACCUUCCUGGAGAAGCUGGAGGACACUGUGGGAGGACACGCACACUUUGUCACUCACAAGCUGGCUGAUGCAAAGACCCGGAAAGUAAUGGGCCGUGACGAAUUCAGACUGCUGCAUUACGCUGGAGAGGUCAACUACAAUGUCAACGGAUUCUUGGACAAGAACAACGACCUGCUCUUCAGGAACUUAAAAGAGGUCAUGUGUAUGUCAGAGAACAAGAUCCUGAACCAGUGUUUUGACCGAGAGGAGCUGAGUGACAAGAAACGUCCAGAAACGGCAGCCACCCAGUUCAAAGCAAGCCUGGCGAAACUCAUGGAGAUCCUCAUGUCGAAGGAGCCGUCGUACGUCCGCUGCAUCAAGCCCAAUGACUCCAAGCAAUCAGGUCGAUUUGACGAGGUGCUGAUCCGCCACCAGGUCAAGUAUCUGGGGCUGAUGGAGAAUCUGAGGGUGAGGAGGGCCGGAUUUGCUUACAGACGCCGCUACGAGGUCUUCCUACAGAGGUACAAGUCCCUGUGUCCAGACACAUGGCCUAACUGGCAGGGGAAACUGUCUGAUGGAGUGGCCACACUGGUCAAACACCUGGGAUACAAGCCUGAGGAGUACAAACUGGGCAGAUCCAAAAUCUUCAUCCGUUUCCCAAAGACCUUGUUUGCCACUGAGGAAGCACUAGAGACCAGGAAACAUAGUCUGGCCACCAAGCUGCAGGCAGGAUGGAGAGGCUACAGCCAAAAGUCCAAAUUCCAAAAACUCAGAACCUCAGCUAUUGCCAUCCAGGCAUGGUGGAGAGGGAUCCUGGCCAGGAGGAGAGCCCGACGCAGGCGACAGGCUGCUGAUACUAUCCGCAGGUUCAUCAAAGGCUUCAUCUACCGCCACAGAGAGCGCUGUCCAGAGAACGAGUACUUCCUGGAUUAUGUGCGUUACUCCUUCCUCAUGAAGCUGCGCAGGAACCUGCCCAAGAACGUCCUGGACAAGAGCUGGCCGACACCUCCGGCUGCUCUCACUGAGGCUUCGGAGCACUUGCGUAAGCUGUGCAUGCAGAACAUGGUGUGGAGCUACUGCAAGAAGAUCAGUCCUGAGUGGAAACACCAGAUGGAGCAGAAGAUGAUCGCCAGUGAGCUCUUCAAGGACAAGAAGGACAACUACCCGCAGAGCGUCCCCAAACUGUUUGUCAGCACAAGACUCAACGGCGAGGAUAUUAACCCCAAGGUGGUGCAGGCUCUGGGCAGCGAGAAGAUGAAGUAUGCAGUGCCAGUCACCAAGUACGACAGAAAGGGCUACAAGGCUCGGCCCCGCCAGCUGCUGCUCACCGCCAACAGUGCCGUUAUCGUGGAGGAGGCCAAACUCAAGCAGCGCAUUGACUACGGGGCUCUGAAAGGUAUCUCAGUCAGCUCUCUCAGCGACGGCUUGUUUGUUCUGCACGUGCCCAGUGACGACAACAAACAGAAGGGAGAUGUGGUUCUGCAGAGCGACCAUGUGAUCGAGACCUUGACCAAGAUUGCGAUCUGUUCUGAAAAAGUAAACAGCAUCAACAUCAACCAGGGCAGUAUAACGUUUACAGUGGGUCAGGGGAAAGAGGGGAUCAUAGACUUCACACCUGGAUCAGAACUACUGGUGGCCAAGGCUAAGAACGGACACCUGUCUGUGACGGCUCCCAGACUCAACUCCAGAUGAUGGCCACCUCUGACCACAUCCACCAGGAACUAAGCGCUCCUGACCUCUCCCAUCCUCCAAUCACAUGACCGCAGACCCCGCUCUGCCUAAGCCAAUCAGACGCCAGCUGUCACUAGGUGGCAUGUGCUUCCAAUUAAAAAAACAAAAAAACAAAUAAAUAAAUAAAAAUCCAGCAAAACUAAUUGAUAUAUUUAUGUUUAUAUAUUAUAUUUUUGGGGAUUAAUACUGUUGCUGUUUGAAUAUUCUGAUUUUAUAUAUGAGGCCAAGGAAUAACAAAUAUUUUUGGUGCAUUUUUCUGGCACCGUGUGUGUUUAUUGUGCUUUAUUUGGGAACAUGACCAAGAAAACAAUGAGGGAAGAGUCAGAAUAAGAGACAACAAUGAGAAGAAGGGGAUUGUUGUUGAUGAAAAUCAGGGUUAGUUGUUGCCUGCUGCCUCUUUUUUUUUUCCUGUUUACUAUUUCCUGCUCGACUUAUAGGCUUGAUUGUCUUGCUGACUUUUCUAACUGGGGUGGAUGUCUCGUUAUCGAAGCUUGAAGGUGUGUAGAACAAGGCUGGCGGUAUGUAGGACAGCUGUUUGAGAGGUCCGGGGAUGAGGAAGAACCACUUUUCAAUCAAAGGCUGGUAGUGUCAGGCUGUGGUUCUCUAAAUCAGAACAAAUAGUUGGAUGUACUACUGAAUAUAUUUCACAAGUCUAUUUGUGCAGUGUUUAAAUGAGAAGGAAGUUUGUCGAGGGAUUCACUACAUAAAACAGUGUAAAAGUACGUGAGAAGUUGGUGAGAAGAGAAAGGUGAAAGAACGCUGCAGUUAAUUGCCUUGACGCCAGAUGCUUGUGCCUUUCUCUAAUUUAUUCAUAGUAAAUGAGUUGAGCUGUAUAUCGAUGUAUGAAAACCAUGACACUCAGCGUGAGAAUGAGUCGAGUUCAGUGUAGAUAGAAACCCGUCGUCCUCUGACUGGGAUCAUGUUCAGCAGCAGCUGCCUGUACAACUUCUUCUCUUUGUUCAGAACCACAUAACCAGCUCUGACUGUGUUUAAGGCCUCAGCAUCUCUCUCCCUCCACCUCUCCUCCUCUCUGCUUUGCCUCUCCGGCCUCCUCCCUCACCUCACGCCUGUUGUCUGUUAAGAGAACUGGGGCUUUGACUGAGCUGGUCUGAUGGCUACAUGUUGUUGUUUUGGGCUUAUAUUCAAUAUAUUUCUCCAUUUUUUUACAGUUCUAUGUCUUUGAAAACAGCAUUUAGACCAAAAUGUGAAACUAUAACUCACAGUUUGAAGCCAUGUUAUUGAACUUUUGGACUACUUAAUCUGGGUGUAAAGGCCAAAAACAGUUGAAGCUACUAAAAGCUGCAUAUUGUCUAGACUCUAGAUGAUUGACAUGAUUAAAUGUGACAUUUUUAAAGGAAUAGUUUGACCUUUUGGGAAACGCGCGUAAUCACUUCCUGCCGGAGAGUUAGAUAAGAUUGAUACCACUUGUCUGUAUGCUAACUAGGAAGCCACAGCCAGGGGAUUGCUAUUUUAUCUUAGGGGGAAACAGCUAGAUUAGCUCUGUCCAAAGGUAAGAAAAAAUCGACCUACAAAGGCCAGCUGUUUGCCCCCGUUUCCAGUCUUUAUGCUAAGCUAAUCUAACCGUCUCCUGGCUGUAGCUUCAUAUUUUUAUCGUACAGAUAUGAAAGUUGUAUCGAUCUUCUCAUCUAACUCUCGCAUUAGUGCAUUUCUUGAAAUGUAUGACUAUUCCUUUAGUGCCAAAAAAUAUAAAUAUCCAGAGUUCUCUCCAUAAUUUUGCCCUUUUCAGGGUAGAAAACAUCUGGAAUUACAUUCUAAAAUCAUGCAACACUAAAGAUCUAACCAGUUCAGAUGAAGGGCCUCCUAUAGAACAGUUCUAUUAUAAAUAUCUCUGUCUAACUUUGACCAAAGACUGAUCCUGGAAAAGUUGUGUCAUUGAAAACUUUUGAGAGGAGCUCCAAAAUGUUUCCAAGUUAGUUUUUAUUUUUGUUCUCGCUCAAUGACAGAACUUUUUCUCUGCAUGGCUCUGGGUGGCGAGGCGGACCCAGGCAGGACUGUGCUACUGCACUUAAAAAUAUACUAGCCAAAGACCCUGUUGAUUUCUAGUGAUUCUGUGUUUGUAUGAUUUAUAUGAUAUUAUUGUUCUGAAUGUUAUGUUGUUUUUUUCAGGAGGGAGAUCUGUAUGUACAGUUUGUGUUCUGUGUUAUAAAUGAGAGAUUCAAGCCAAGUGAGGUUUGUUGAUGUGAAACAUUCGGGGAGAAAAAAAAAAGCUUCUAGUAUUGUUUGUUGACGCAAACUCGUCCGUGUGCCUUGUUGGAUAGCAAUACAGCAGAUUUGUGUGGAAUUCUAAGAGAAAUACCUCCCUGCCAGAGUCCUCGGCCGACGACGGCUGUCGGGCCGUUUCUGAAAGUUUCCCAGCAGCGCCUAAAGGUUUCCUCCCUCUGCUCUGUGUGUAUAAGCUUCAUUCAAACCAAAUCCUAAGUUUGUCCGUUGAUUUACAGAUGCACUCCUGUUAUCGGUCCUGACUUACUGUAUGCACCAAACCAAUGUAGAAUUAUACCGACACACUAAAAGAUAAGAUACUAAAGAUUUAAAAAUAAAUUUGAAAAGUAAAUACAAACUGA